AUGAAUGUCACUAACCCCUCCACUGUCAGGUACGCCGAUGCAUUCAUGUCGUACUUGCGAUUUCUCGAGAAGGAUGUGUGGUGGACAAUAGUGUAUGUCAUAUUCUUGGCGUGGAUGUAUUUGUUUCACGCCCCAUUUCGAGUCCACAAUGUUUGGCGAACCGAUUGGUAUGCGCAGGUGACGAAGGUGUUGCAAGUAUGGAUUGGCGUUGUUGUUUUCCUUUUUCAUACCGGCUCGGGGUUUUUUCAACCCCAAAGGUCUCUGCAGGCAGAAAUUUGCAAUGCCGACGAUGAUACUGUUGCCACGAUUUUUUUCCCAAUCUUCAGCACAACGACACUUAUAAUCUUGUACAUUCACAGCAAGAAGCGUGUCUGGGGCCUGGGUGUGACGUAUGGUUCUAGUACAAUCGUGGUUGUGUUGAAUUCCUUACUUCUUUCGCUAUUUUCUACCGUACAUUUUGCGUACGGUAUGCGAAUUCAAGACUUUGAGCACUCCUCGUUGUUGAAGGGUGCCGUGGGUGUGCUCUUUCCAUCACCAAAGCAGACACUUUUCCCGACGCUGCUACUGUUGAGUGUCAUGAAUGUACUUUUUAUAACUUUUGACUAUCAGUACAAAAAGCGUUGCGGGUUUGAUCCGCUGCGCGGACUAUUAUGGAGUGAGGUUUGCCGUUCGCGAAAGGCACACGAAGUCGUUCCCACUACUAUCCGAGAUGGCUGCGAUUGGCGAAAACUUCAACCGAAGCCGAAACGAAUAUCGAAGGUUGAGCAGCCCUGGAUUGUCUCACCAGAGGGGGGGAAACGGCUGAGCUUUGCGCUCUCUUCUCUGGAGGUCAAGCAGCUAUCCGUGCAGUACCCAGUGAACCGACCGGGCAUGGUUCCUUGGUUUUCAACUUUCAUUGCGGGCACAGCCCUUCAGUCUGUCCUUGGAAAUUCGCUCAAUUUUUUGACGUUUGAUCAACGUGCCGUGGAGUCACAGAUGAAUCCCAAGGUGUUCAAGUUGAGUUUUACCAAACACAGAUCGAAAAUUAGCAAGUCAUACAGCCUUUCCCGUGUUUCUGAAUGCUCACCAUCAACCAGUGUGGAUGCUGUGUGCUGUGAUCCGUACGGUGAUGAUGAUUAUGAAAAUGUUUGGUUCGACUUCGUCGCGGACGUCGGAGAUGGGUUUAACUCGACGUAUGAGAUGGCUCGUUUGAUGGCACAACCUUUCCUCCGUCUAGCAUCAAGUGAUUCGGUGCAAACGCGAAGCGGACUCGUGAAUUCAGUUUCUGUGCGCGACGGUGGAGGGAGAAGGGGUUUGAUGACGCCACCUCUGACGGCCGGUGAUGGAGCCUUCCUUGCUGUCGAAGGUAAUGGACAGCAAAACAGAUGCGGGCGGACGCUGUCGAUGUGUGACUACGAACCCCAAGAGAACUUUUCCCUUCCCCGUGCAUCGUUUGUGGUGGUUGGUGGAGAUUUGGCGUACCCGAAUCCCACCAACGAAACGUACCGCACACGCCUGCUCGAACCGUACAACAACGCGCUUCGGUGCUGCGCACCUCUAUGCAAGCUUGUGAAGAAAUGGUACAAUCGCCUUGUUGUGCCAGAGGAGGACAACAAAGAUGUUGCCCGUAUUCACAUGCUGUCGGCGUCCAAAGUUUCGGAAAUGACUCAGCGUAGAGAUAUAGCUGACAUGUGUCUUGGUGAAGACGAGGUGGUACACAGCACUCCCCUACUGUUCGCCAUCCCCGGUAACCACGACUGGUUAGAUGGUCUCGUGACAUUUAAGAAGUUUAUCAUUGACGAGAGUUGGAUGGGUGGCUGGUUUAUGCCCCAGAAGAGCUCCUUCUUUGUUAUAAAUCUCCCAUAUAACUGGUUUUUGCUGUGUGUCGAUACAGGAAGUGUGACUGACAUCGACCCAGGACAACGCAACUACUUCCUGAAUUAUAUUGAGGAACACCUCGACGUUUCGUCCUGUGUGAUUUUAAUUUCCCAUGAGCCUGGGUGGAUUUACGAGGCGAUGAACACCAAUUUGACGUCGACGAUGCAACCAGAGUUACACCGAGUAGUGGACGCCCUCGGUACACGCCUGCGCAUGCGACUUUGUGGCGAUAUCCACCACUACUCUAGACACACACCUACAGACGCGCUUUCAGAGGCACCUGUUCUUGUUGUCAGCGGCGGUGGUGGUGCCUUUCUACACGGCGCCCGGAACAAUACCGUUAUUUAUCAAGGAACAGAGUAUAAGCGGGAGGCAGCGUUUCCUAGAGAUAAUCAUGUCACAUCGUUUCUGACGAGGUUGGUCGGCUUCCGCCUGAUUAACUGGAAAUUUGACAUAAUCGCUGGUUUUAUGUGCUUCGGGCUCAUAACCUCCUCGCUACCCUUGAACAUGGAGGACAAAAAACUAGAGGAGAUCGUGGACAUCCACGUCCUUUUCUGUAGUACCGUAACCCGCACAGCCGAACUCUGUCUCUAUACAUUUGACAAAGGCAUUAUAUCUUUGUUCGUGGCGGUGUGUUUCUUUAUUGGUUUCUUCUCGGUUGGGUCAGGGAGAAAGAGUGUAUGCUUUCGGAUCGCAUACUCUUUAUGCUGGACGGCACUUGUUGUGUUCGCUUCAUCUGGAAUGUUAGCCGUUGUUCAAACAACGAUGGCCUACAUGAUGAAUCAUGGCUUGAUUCUAUCAACGAAAGAACAAUGGAGCAGUAUGUUGGAGUCUCAGGUUCGUACCGCUGCGGAUGACACAUCCAAUCACCUGAUUGAGUGGUUGGGUGACGAGCAUGCUCUCUCAAGGGGCAUCGAAAGCCUGCGGUCGGCUGCACACGGUAGUGUCCUUGUUGGAGCCGCCUGUACGUUGUUGAGGAGUAUGGAUAUGAUUGAAAACUUGGCGUAUCUUUCGUACCACGUCGGUACAAAUGUCACGGGUACCCUCUCACACACGACUAACCGUGUUCAGGUUGUUCUGUACUAUCUUCACAUUCUUCUGAUCUACUGGCUCUUGGCAACGCCGCUGCUUUCGUUUAUUAUCGGUGUAUUUCUAUUUGUAUCUGUUCACUACUUUGAUUUAACAUAUGACGCGUCAUAUUCCUCAUUUCAGAUUGAGGAUUACAAACACUUUUUGCGUUUCUGCUUGGAUGGCAGAACGAGGUGUUUACAUGCUUACGUCGUUGCAGAAAAGUUUGUGCCGAAAGUUUGGAUAUGCGAUGGCAGACACGUUACCGAGUGCAGGGACGAGAGAACCAAGCAUCUUCCACCACAUCUAAAAAAACAUCCAAGUCGCUGGGUACCACAUGGGGUUUCGGGCACUGACUACACACCCACAGUACUAGAACAUUUUGUUGUAAGACCACAUCGGGUUACUCAGCCAGAUCCUCUCCGUGAGUGA